AUGCAGACUCAGCUGAAAGAUCGGAAGGAGGAAGCCGACUCCUUGAAGGCCGUCGCCUUCUGUGGAGUCGCUUUGGCCACCAUCGCCACCUUAUCCUGCGUGAUCCUGGUGCCAAUGGUCUACAGCCACAUUCAACACGUACAGUCUGGCAUGCAGAGUGAGCUGGACUUCUGCAAACUGAGGUCGGGCAACAUCUGGAAGGAGGUUUCACGCACUCAAGUGAGUUUAUCAUAAUUUUGUCUAUGUUUGGGAUCUUUACUAUCAAUAAUUUUAUCUUCUUGUGGCUGUAUUUUGCAUUUUAUUAAGGUUUUUGCUUGUAAUAUUCACGUUAUAACACUUUACAAUUACUUUUUCUACUUUCAUAAUAUUGUUAUAGGUUUUGGGCAAAGUGUUCCCUCGUGUCCGUCGUGAAGUUGGCUAUGACUCAUCUCCAGCUGACAGCCCAGUAUCCACAACUCCUUCAUCGUGGGCUUCUUCUCUACCUAGCCCAGCUCCAAGAAACGCCUGCUGCGGUUGUGGUGUCUCACCAAAAGGACCACCAGGACCACAAGGAGAGAACGGUGAACCAGGACAUGAUGGACCACCAGGAGAACCAGGAUCGGAUGGAGAAGACGGACAUCCUCCACUUCCAGCUCCUAAGGUCGACUUCUGCUUUGACUGCGAAGAGGGACCACAAGGACCACCUGGUGCUCCAGGACCAAAGGGACAACCAGGCUGGCCUGGAGAGCGUGGUGAACCAGGACCAUACGCUGAGAUGGGACAACAAGGAUCAGUCGGAGAGAGAGGUCCCCAAGGAGAGCCAGGCCCACAAGGACGACAAGGAAACCGUGGUCAUCCAGGUAGACUAUUGCCCGGCCCAACUGUUACUGGUCCACCCGGCCCACCAGGACCAGAAGGACGACCAGGAAUCCGUGGUGAGAAGGGAGAACCAGGCAAAGCCGGACUUAAAGGUGAAGCAGGCAAACCCGGUAACGCUGGUCCUGACGGUCGUCCAGGUAAACGUGGACCACCUGGCGAGGAAGGACAAACUGGACCAGAAGGACCAAAGGGAAGCUGCGACCACUGUGGGCCAGCCAAGACUGCUCCAGGCUACUAA